UGCGUUGGUAACUUCGUGGAGCACAUAGCGGUUUGAGAAAUGAAGUGGGUGUGGCUGUCGCUGUGUGCGUUCAUCACCAGGAGCAGUGGUGAUGAACGUUUGGCGUUUGUGCCGCCAUCACCAGGAGCAGUGGUGCCGGUGCGCCCGGUGAUCACCAUCACAGACACAAGGCGCACGUACGCCAUGAUGCAUUCUCUGCCUGUGCCUUUGCUGUGGCUGGCUCGUGCUGCUACUUUCAGUCGCUGAUUCUUUCAAGGCGUCGACAGGCAGCAAGAUCCGUGCCGAGGAUGGUCCGUCCGUCCGUACACGAUAUCCCUUCAUUUACUUCAUGCAUUGCACCUCUCUAUCAAUCUGUUAUCUGAUACCUGCAGGCGGGUGAGGAAGAGGACCGGGAGGAGUUUGUCCGGCUCGACAACUGCGGCAACCCUGUCAAGCUGACGACAGCUGAAAAGGAGCGUGUGUUCCUCGAUGCGCUGCAGUCGUACUACUCCAGCGGUCGGCAGGCGCUGACUGACGGCGACUUCGAUCUGCUCAAGCAGGACUUGGCGUGGGAGGGCAGUGAUGUGAUAUUCCUCACGCGCAACGAGACCCUCUUCCUCAACGCCAUGUCGGCAUACAUGAAGGGGCAGCCCAUCAUGACCGACGAAGAAUUUGAUACCCUCAAAGCCGAACUCAGGAACCAAGGCAGCCGGAUCGCCGUCACCAGCGACCCCAAGUGUGCCGUCGAUACAGGUAGGUGGGUAGGUGGGGUGGACAGCCUGGCAGCCAGGCAGCCAGGCGCUGAUUGCACGCACCUUGUGGCCGCCGGUCCGACCGUCAAUGAUUCUCUCUAUUUUGAUCGUACUGCACUCACUCUGUUGGCCGCAUCCACCCCUCUCUCCACCCCACCCACCUGUCUGUCUGUCCACCCACUCAGGCGUUUGUCGUGUGACGUGGAAGAAAGAUCGUAUCCGCAACUACAUGGUGUAUUUGCCGUGGCUAGCCGUGAGCACCGUGCUGUGGUCGUUCCUGGCGUUCGAGUUCAUCCCUGUGCUGCGGAGUGUGAAUCCCUUCCUCAAUCUGCUCAUCGGCUCGCCCAUCAUCUGGACCCUGGCCAAGGCCGGCACCGAGAACCUCUUCCUCGUAAGAAGAGAGACACACAGAGACAUCACACACAAAACCAUACCAUGCCCUUUCUUCUUUCUCUUUGCCAUUCAUUGCAGCGUGACCCACUCAUCGCUUACGGCCCAUGCCCGAACUGCGGAUAUCAAAACCGCAUCCUCUUUGGAGACGUCCUCGGCGUCGAGGGGUUCGGAGCAUCGGCAGACAUUGUAUGUGCAAACUGUGGUGCAUCACUCAGGGCACAGAGGCAAUCACUGAGGGUCGAGUCGAAUCCAAAGGGCGUGGCGGCAUGAGCGUGGCGAGCGGCAAAGAAAGGGAUUUCCGCAUAUGCAUACAUACACUGCUACUGCUCCGUGUAUGCGUGUAGAAAACGAAGGGAGAAUUUCGAGUGCUUUGUAUCCAUGUCUUCUGGCCAGCCAGCUCUGUAACAGUACCUCGCCAUGCCAGGACUAAUUUUUGACCUCGAUGAAUUGAUGUUUACGCAUACAGUGAUUUGACGUGCACAUAGCAUAUAUCUUCUCCGCCUCAGAAGUCUGACGAUUCACGAUCUAUUGCCAGCGCCCUGGACGAGCAGAGGGCCCGGCACAUGGGCCGACACCAAAUGUGGAUAUGAAUGUUAGCG